UUUUUCUUAAACCUUCUUAUUAAUUCAUACACAACACAAAUUAAAGGAAUAUAAUGGCAUCGAGUUCAAUGUCAUCUUCAGGGUCAUGGAGUGCUAAGGACAAUAAGGCCUUUGAGAGGGCAUUGGCGGUUUAUGAUAAGGACACUCCUGACCGUUGGUACAAUGUUGCUCGCGCCGUCGGCGGAAAAACUCCCGACGAAGUUAAGCGCCAUUACGAACUUCUCCUCCGAGAUGUUAAGUCUAUUGAAUCAGGGCAAGUGCCAUUUCCAAAAUACAAGAAAAGUGGAGGUUCAAACUAAGAGAAAGAACAGGCAUUGGCAAAUUAAGAAUUUGUGAUUUUCACUACAAAUUAAAGCAGCAUUUUUUCGUCUAUAGGAUCGUAGUAGCAGUAACACUUUGUGUAAAUUAUUUGUCAGUGCUAUAGCACUGUACUAUAUAAAUAUAUUAAUCAUCAUAAGAAUCAUGUACUAUGAUUCCAUGUUGUAAUUUAUUUAUUCCAAUCAAGCUGCUAAGGUGAACCAAAGAAUUUAGUCCCUAUCACUAAUAAAUUAACGU